UCACAGGAGACUUCCCGCUUCUUCUCCCAUUCCCCCUACCCCUAUCUCCCCGCCUUCCUCAGGUUCAGAAACCUCCAAUCAAGAGCGCCGAAGGUGUCGCCAAGGCCCGCCCUGUCCUCCCUAUCCACCUCUUUUACCCCCCGUGUUCCCUCCCCCAACCCCCCCACCUCAAGUCCGGCGGACCCGGGGGCUUCAGGAUCUGGGAGCUAUGAAAAGUGUCUGCCCAGGCACUUCCGGUUUUUCUUCCCCCAAUCCCUCUGCUGCUGCUGCUGCUGCUGCUCAGGAGGUCAGAUCUGCCACUGAUGGUAAUACCAGCACCACUCCGCCCACCUCUGCCAAGAAGAGAAAGUUAAACAGCAGCAGCAGUAGCAGCAGUAACAGUAGUAACGAGAGAGAAGACUUUGAUUCCACCUCUUCCUCUUCCACCCCUCCUCAAGCUAGAGAUUCAGCGUCCCCUUCAACCUCGUCCUUCUGCCUCGGGGUUCCAGUGGCCACUGCCAGCCACGUACCAAUCCAGAAGAAGCUGCGUUUUGAAGACACCCUGGAGUUUGUAGGGUUUGAUACGAAAAUGGCUGAGGAAUCCUCCUCCUCAUCUUCUUCAUCUUCGCCAACCGCUGCAACCUCGCAGCAGCAGCAGCAGCAGCAGCAGCAGCAGCAACUUAAAAAUAAGAGUCUAUUAAUUUCUUCUGUGGCUUCAGUGCACCAUGCAAACGGCCUGGCCAAAUCAUCCACCACGGCCUCGAGCUUUGCUAACAGCAAGCCUGGCUCGGCUAAGAAGUUAGUGAUCAAGAACUUUAAAGAUAAGCCUAAAUUACCAGAAAACUAUACAGAUGAGACAUGGCAGAAGCUUAAAGAAGCAGUGGAAGCUAUCCAGAAUAGUACUUCAAUUAAGUACAAUUUGGAAGAACUCUACCAG